AGAGCUUGCUCUGUUCCUUCGCUGGGGCGCACCAGCACGGGCGCACCAACGUUCACGCACAGCUCUGUGUGCAAUUGCGGGCCGCCGCCACCGGCCAUGCUCAGAGCUUGCUCUGUUCCUUCGCUGGGGCGCACCAGCACGGGCGCACCAACGUUCACGCACAGCUCUGUGUGCAAUUGCGGGCCGCCGCCACCGGCCAUGCUCAGAGCUUGCUCUGUUCCUUCGCUGGGGCGCACCAGCACGGGCGCACCAACGUUCACGCACAGCUCUGUGUGCAAUUGCGGGCCGCCGCCACCGGCCAUGCUCAGAGCUUGCUCUGUUCCUUCGCUGGGGCGCACCAGCACGGGCGCACCAACGUUCACGCACAGCUCUGUGUGCAAUUGCGGGCCGCCGCCACCGGCCAUGCUCAGAGCUUGCUCUGUUCCUUCGCUGGGGCGCACCAGCACGGGCGCACCAACGUUCACGCACAGCUCUGUGUGCAAUUGCGGGCCGCCGCCACCGGCCAUGCUCAGAGCUUGCUCUGUUCCUUCGCUGGGGCGCACCAGCACGGGCGCACCAACGUUCACGCACAGCUCUGUGUGCAAUUGCGGGCCGCCGCCACCGGCCAUGCUCAGAGCUUGCUCUGUUCCUUCGCUGGGGCGCACCAGCACGGGCGCACCAACGUUCACGCACAGCUCUGUGUGCAAUUGCGGGCCGCCGCCACCGGCCAUGCUCAGAGCUUGCUCUGUUCCUUCGCUGGGGCGCACCAGCACGGGCGCACCAACGUUCACGCACAGCUCUGUGUGCAAUUGCGGGCCGCCGCCACCGGCCAUGCUCAGAGCUUGCUCUGUUCCUUCGCUGGGGCGCACCAGCACGGGCGCACCAACGUUCACGCACAGCUCUGUGUGCAAUUGCGGGCCGCCGCCACCGGCCAUGCUCAGAGCUUGCUCUGUUCCUUCGCUGGGGCGCACCAGCACGGGCGCACCAACGUUCACGCACAGCUCUGUGUGCAAUUGCGGGCCGCCGCCACCGGCCAUGCUCAGAGCUUGCUCUGUUCCUUCGCUGGGGCGCACCAGCACGGGCGCACCAACGUUCACGCACAGCUCUGUGUGCAAUUGCGGGCCGCCGCCACCGGCCAUGCUCAGAGCUUGCUCUGUUCCUUCGCUGGGGCGCACCAGCACGGGCGCACCAACGUUCACGCACAGCUCUGUGUGCAAUUGCGGGCCGCCGCCACCGGCCAUGCUCAGAGCUUGCUCUGUUCCUUCGCUGGGGCGCACCAGCACGGGCGCACCAACGUUCACGCACAGCUCUGUGUGCAAUUGCGGGCCGCCGCCACCGGCCAUGCUCAGAGCUUGCUCUGUUCCUUCGCUGGGGCGCACCAGCACGGGCGCACCAACGUUCACGCACAGCUCUGUGUGCAAUUGCGGGCCGCCGCCACCGGCCAUGCUCAGAGCUUGCUCUGUUCCUUCGCUGGGGCGCACCAGCACGGGCGCACCAACGUUCACGCACAGCUCUGUGUGCAAUUGCGGGCCGCCGCCACCGGCCAUGCUCAGAGCUUGCUCUGUUCCUUCGCUGGGGCGCACCAGCACGGGCGCACCAACGUUCACGCACAGCUCUGUGUGCAAUUGCGGGCCGCCGCCACCGGCCAUGCUCAGAGCUUGCUCUGUUCCUUCGCUGGGGCGCACCAGCACGGGCGCACCAACGUUCACGCACAGCUCUGUGUGCAAUUGCGGGCCGCCGCCACCGGCCAUGCUCAGAGCUUGCUCUGUUCCUUCGCUGGGGCGCACCAGCACGGGCGCACCAACGUUCACGCACAGCUCUGUGUGCAAUUGCGGGCCGCCGCCACCGGCCAUGCUCAGAGCUUGCUCUGUUCCUUCGCUGGGGCGCACCAGCACGGGCGCACCAACGUUCACGCACAGCUCUGUGUGCAAUUGCGGGCCGCCGCCACCGGCCAUGCUC